AUGGAAGAUGAUCCUUUUUUUGCUCCAAUCAGCAACACAAAUGAUCUGAAGCCUGUAGUUGCGAAAAAUUCACUGAAAGAUGAUAAACCAAAGUCUUCGAAGAGUUUAACACCACAAAAAUCAGAUAACUCAAAAUUCAAAGAAAAAGAUUCUCGUAAAAAUGACAGAAAACAUCGCGAACCUAAAGAACAUGAAAAAAUGCAUUCAAAGAGAGAUAGAAGUCCAGAAAGACGUGAAUCUCGAGAUGACAGAAGAGAUCGAGUUGAAAGGCCACCACCACCACGCCAUCAUGAUCACAAAUAUACAGAUCCUAGAGCUAGACUUCCAUCUAUGCUCAAUGAUAUCGCUUUUCCAAAACCUUUAACUAUUAAUCCAGAUGCUCCACCAAACUCAUACAAAAUUUUCAACCAACAAGUACCUGAAAUACCAAAACUUGCAGAACUUUAUGAUUGA